CCGAGAUCAUCCCCACCUAUCUAUACUAGCUUCUUAAUAUACUCGAUAGCUUUCUUGCCUUGUUGCCCAUUAGGCAGACUGCUAUCAGUCUGGACCGCGCAUGCCUCAAAUUGAUCUCGUGCGGGACUCGAAGCUCGAGACGGAGUUCCGUGAUGACUGUACAAUCCAUACCUUCAUCGAACCCUCUGGAAGGAACAGGAGGAUAUCUUGGACGGAAUACUGGAGAUUCGAAAAACAAAAUAUCGGGCGCGGGGGCUUUGGACAGGUGCAACUGGAGAGAUGCGUCAAUGGCAAAAGAAAGGACAUGAUACGUGCCGUAAAGAUUAUCAACAAGCCAUCCGGCUCUACGAAAAAAAAACCCAUGGAGUUCGAAAGAGAGUUGGAGGCCAUUGCAAAGUUCUCGCAAAAACGAAGUCAUUCGGCUGGUAUGAAGACACGACCUCAAUAUUCAUUACAAUGGAGUAUUGUCCUUAUGGCGACCUACGCCAUUACCUCUCUAAGCAAGGUUCCAUAACUAGUACAGAAGCCCAACAUUUAACGUACCAGAUGUUAGAAGGUCUUCAUCAUAUGCACGAAAAUGACUUUGCCCAUAGGGAUCUAAAACCUGGAGUAUGUAUGAUAUAAACACUACAUAGCUGUGCGUUAACA